AUGACCACUAUCACCACCAUACGCUCGAAGACCUCCACCACUGCUCCAGUGGUGGGUGAUAUGAUUUCGACCGUAGCGAAAAGGACGACGGCGGCGACGACGGCUACAGACUGCCCAAACUGCGGUUAUGAUGUGUUCCUUGCCGAUGAUCAUGCCCACCACCAGCGCAUAUCCGAGCUGGAGGCCCAGAUCAGGUUUUUGAACAAAAAGUCGCCGCAAGGCCCCCAACACCAACAACACAACCAACAACCACAAUCCAAACAAACUACCCCGACCCUGCCCCCUUCCCAAACAACAGACCAUCACAUACACCCCGCUUCUCCGCCAACCCCUCAAUCGCGCCUAGGCACCUUCGCCUCCCUCCUCCCCUACGGCCGUCGCAACGCCACCACCCCUCCUCCCCAAAACCGCUCCCCAAGCCCCACCUCCACCACCAGGCCGCCGACCUCCCACUCCACAUCCUCGCAUGCCCCCCAGCCUAGCAAAGCCCUCCAGGAUGCCCUCACCCGCGAACAAACGCUGCGCAAAGAGGCCGAAUCGCGCCUGACGCAAGCCAACUCUGAGCUCGAAGAGUUGACAGCGCAACUCUUCAGCCAGGCGAACGAGAUGGUGGCGCAGGAGCGGAAGGCGCGCGCGAAGUUGGAGGAGCGCGUCGAGGUGCUUGAGCGGCGGGAUCGAGAGAAGCGGCGGCGCCUGGAGCGGUUGGAGAAGGCGAUUGAGAGGGUCGAUCGAGUUCGGGGGAUAGUGGGCGAUGGGUAG